AUGGUGAAGGCUGGCGAUGAACGUCAAAGUGAAGCUGUUGCUGGCAACAACAACAACAACAACGGCAAAGAGGAGGAGGAGGAAGAUGUGAUCAUCCCCUUUGAGCAGGCGUUGGAAUGGCUGUUGGAAGAGGCCCAGCAGCAGCAUCAGCAUCAGCACCGUGACGCAGCGCCAAUGAUGCAAGCUUGCCCUUCCCUCCCCACCCGCAGCACACCGUCCAAUGUCGCCACAUCCAGCUUCAACCGUCUGCGCAAGGCGUUCACCAUCACAGCCGGCUCAGGGGCGGGGCGCCUGUCACCGUUGAUAGAAGUACAAUCAGACAAGAGUGCGUCGCGGGAAGUGCCUUUCGACAGCGUGGAUGAAGACGAAGCCGGUGAAGACAAGAAAGGGCGGAAAGACGAGAACGAGCAAGACAAGGAGGAGGACGAGGAGGAGCAACACGAGCAGAGGCAGGAGGAGGGAGGCGACAAACAAGAGAGGCAGGGCGAGGAGAACGACCGCAACGCCGAGGAGCAGGAGAAGCGAGGACCAUCUGCUGCGCACGACAGUCGCGACGGCACAGCACAUCGCUCUCACGCUGACUUUCCCCAGCAGCGACAAGCGCAACGCAUGCCCGUGUACCAGCCCGGCAAGGCGUUCUCUCCAUACUUGGACCUUGCCGUCCGAUACGGCCACCUUGCCGAGUACACCGGCGCAAUACCACGCGGGCCGGCUGCUCAAGCCAUACAACGGUCUGCGCUGCUGCCACUGGGCGACCACGCGCGCUUGCCCGCUGCGCACCGGCGCAUCACGGCAGAGAUCAACCGCCUUGUCCACCACCUGCUCUGGCGCAUCCGGCAUCGUCGCCACUACACCAACGUCAGCCCGGGCCUCAUCUCCGGCCGGGUCGACGGCAGAGCAAAUCAGUACGCGCACCACAGCAUGCACCAUGCCCACUCUGCAUCCUUGCUCUCCGGUCGCGGCGUUGGCGUAAGCCCAUCUGCGCGCAGGGCAAGCGCACCGCUCUCAUCCUCCCUGUCAUCACUGCACCGGAGCACGAGCGCACAGGCGAGCCUCGCCAUGCUCAACGCCACCACCACCAGCAACCUGGCCAGCAUCAGCAACAUCCUUGGUGGUGGCGGUGGAGGUGGUGGCGGUGGUGGUGGGCACGUGGUUGUGGGGAGGCAGGGUGUGUCGGGGAAAGCGGGCAUGCGGGCGUGUUUCCGGCUGACACGCAAGGCGCUGUGGGAGAAGGCAGCUGCUUUGCUGCGCAACGAAACCAACGGCAUCAUCAAGGCGCUGCCUCAUGUGCGGCCGUUCAGGCGCAUGCGGUGGCGCGUGCAGCGCGUGUUCCGCCUGUAUCGAACACUGCAGCGCCGUGGCCUUCGCGUCGACAUUCGAGGGUUCACGAGCAAUGAGGCGGAGGUUCACGCCCAGGCGGCAGGGAGGACUACCAGGGAGCUGGUGCGUUUAGCGCUGCAACAGCAGGCGGCGCUUGUGCAGUACUCUGAGCACGCGUGUUUCGACCUGCACUCGUUUUCGUCGGAGGCGGCGUUUGAGGCGUGGCGGGAGCGCGAGCGACGGCGCCUGGCCGUGCUUGCAAGCAGAGUGGGGCACGACAAUGACAACAGUCGUGUCGUUCAACCUGAAGGUACGGGUGUGGGCGUUGAUGGCGCCAUUCGCACUGCUGGCACCAAGUGCGAACGAGCAGCGCCACUUACAGCCACAACAACUACGGCAGCACACGAUGCACAGCAGCAGCAGCAGCAGGAGCAGCAGCAGGAAGGAGGGCAGGGGAAGCUAGGGAACGACGUGCCAGCACACCGCAAACAACCACAGCAGCAACAGGAGCAGCAGCAGCAUGUGCGGGCGAGCGACUACGCGGCGCUGAAGCUGUCGCCUGAGCAGUUUCAAUUUGUGGUGUCGGCGGCACUGGCAGCGGAACUUACCGCCGGCGACAACGAUGAGGAUGAGGACGAAGACGACGAAGAUGAGGGUGAGCCUGAGGUUGUGGAAGAGACGAGGGAAGGACGGCAGCGCCGAGAGCACGUGUUGAGGAGUGGGCGGUUGAGUGCGCGUGCCGCUGGCAUGUUGGAGGAGUUGCGCCUCGUGCACGGCUUUGAUCGCCUGCAGCUGCUGCUGGCCAUGCUGAAUGCCCUGGUGGACCUGUACUGCGACGAGCCGGGCUACCACAGGCUCAUGCUUGCAAGCAUGCUGCACGUGCUGCGGCUGGUUGGCAGCAGGGAGGACUGCGAGCGGCGCGAGUCCUCCAUGCAGGACAUGCUGUCCACCAUCCUGCCAACGCGACGGCCGUCCCACGCACGCUUCAAGAAGCAAGCAGCACCGUACCACGUGCACGACCACAGCGCGGCCGCUGUUGGCCUUGGCAACGGCACCAAACCACCUACAUCUGCAACGAGCCGUAUGCACCAUACCACAUCCACGUCAACUUCCUUCGCAGCAACAACGGCAGCGCCAACACCCGACCGAGCUACCGCAAUGUCAUCCACUCAGGUCUCACCGUAUCAGCGCCACCACAGCCAUGGCAACCUCGUCACCGCGUCCACACCUGUGCAGUCGCCACGCGUGCUGGGCAUGAAAGGCCACGGCCGCGUUCGCCGUCAGCAUGGCGGCGGUGGUGGUGGUGGUGGUGGUGGUGGUGAUGUGGAUGCGUUUGCCCGUGAGCACGGUGGCGAUGAUGAUAUGCCAUCACCCAUUGCCUCUCCAAGCACAACACGCGACCGUGUCCACCAUGCGGGCCGCAGAUUGGCUGGCAGUAGGAGCAGCACCACCACCAGCAGCAGCAGUAGCAGCCCGCUCGUGUCUUUCAGCAGUACAGCGGCAGCAACAACAACACCACCCUCCACGACGGGCGCAACACGAGUUUGCAUGGGGUCAGCGGCGCCGCGGGCACACCGCAGUCCCCUCAGCUCGUCUGCACCAACCAAAGCAACCACAGCAACAGCCGCAGAAGCAUCCACAUCCACCACAGCAACCAUGCCAGCCACAGCAACCACAGGAGCCACCCCAGGAGCCACCACAGAAGCCACCACAUCGACAGCAUCAGUCCAGUCGCAUCCUUCGGCGUACGGGGAGCUGCUGUCGCUGCUGCCGUGCGCAUGUGUUGACGAGUCGUUCAGCCGUCGCGCGCUGAGCCGGGGCGAGCAGGACGCGCUGUCCGGAACGCUGGACCGUCUCGCCAGCCACGUCGUCUCCACCGUCAGCCAGCUGCACCUGCUGUUCACGCCCACGCGUCGCGACGACUGGAGCGUGUUCUGGGCCAUGGUGGUGGUCCUCCACGCUGUCCUUCGCCUGUCCACGACUGCGCCACGCCCCUUCAGGCGUGGGUUGGAGGAGGCCGUGCUGCACCUGCAGCAGCGCGCGUUUGAGCGCCGCUUCAAGUCUCUUCAAGAGGAAGUGGGCGUGGUGGAGGGCGGGAGGACACCGCCUCGCACGGCGCAGGUCCUGCUGUACAAGUGCGUGCAGGAUGUUGCGUCCAUUGGCGCGUGGUACAGGGGCGUGGGGCGUGCGUGCUCCGUAUCACCGCAGAGCGCCGCUGCUCGCGUGUACUAUGGCCGUCUGUGCCAGUUGUUCGUGCGCACGUGCGAGACGGCGCUGCAGGAGCACGCCACCACCCCUGAUGACGUCAUUGUUGACCCAGACAUGCUGUCCUUCGUCACCGCAUUUCGCCAGCUACACGCCAAGUGGCAGUCCAACGACGUGCUUGGCACCAACAGCGCGCGUGACAACAGUGCACGUGGCAGCGUGCGUGGUAGUGUGCGUGGCAGUGUGCACUCCUCGUCAUCUGUGCUGUUGCCGUUUCCUACUGCCGCGUUGACACCACUCGUGCACGCCUGGCUACAACUCUUCUCCAACGAGAUUGCCACGCUUGCCGCGCGAAGCCUGCAGAGAGACUCGUGCGUUCCGCUCAACGCAUCCUUCUCCGCGAAGAAAGCGACCUCACAAGAAACAGCACAAGCAGCAGCCGGCAAUGACCCCGCUGGCCAGGAGGAAAAGGACGUACAGAAGGAGGGCGUGCAGGGCGAGGAAUACGCCAGUGAUGGGAGGCGGUCGAGUGGCGGUGUGCACUCCUCGCAAUCACCCUCGCCAGUGCUGUCCCGGGUCUCGUCCGCACGCGUGGCAACAAGGGAUGCCUGCAGGCAACCCGCCUUUGCCACGAUCCGCAAGCAGCAAGGGCGGCUGGACGUCAUACCGUCACUCUCUGUCCUGCUGAGUGCUGUGAGUGCACACGUGCGCAUGGGCCUGUUCCUGUGCCAGCUGCUGCCGCCAACACCGGUCGAUCCGCUCCAGGCCGAAUCAGCGCAGCGGCGACGCAAGCAAGUGAGGGGUGGUUGUGGCGGUGACGACGAUGAUGAUGAUGAUGAAAGCAACAUGAAUGGUCCUCAUCGUGGUGGAGGUGACGCAAGUGUGUCGCCCACGUCACGGCAACAUCACCGUGGCCACCAGCAGCAGCACCGGCAGCACCAGCAGCACCAGCAGCACGAUCCCGUAUUCCCGCGGCCCGGGCGGGACGGCGCAGUGCAGGAUGCGGUGGGCGCCAUCGCCACCACCUCCUUUGCCCUCGUGCGCGACUACGUGCUGGCGUUGCUGCUACGAGACUUGCGCUGCGUGCCCACGGUUGUGCGGCGGCACCUGGACGCAGAGUUUUCCGACACAUUCAACGACGCUGCCACCCUCGACACGCUCCUGCUCGCGCACGAUGCACAUCGUAAUCGUAAUUGCGAUCCUGGUGGUGAUGAUGGUGAUGAUGGUGUUGGUGGAUUGUAUGGGCGUCACACCACGCGUCGCGGCCGCAAACACCGCCGUGAGCGCCAUCACCACCACCAUCAUCGCCACCAUCAUUUCAAUGGCGAGGAGGUGAAUGGUCGUGAGGAUGAUGUUGGCCGUGGCGAGGAUGUGGUGACAGCAGCAACGAUGACUGCCAAGGCGGACGUGAACCGCGGUGACCGGAUUGGAGACGUGCACUCGCAAGACUCACCCGCCCAACACCCCCAGCAUGAACACCACGAUGAACAACAGCAGCCGCAGCAGCCACAGCAGCGGCACCGUGGUCGUGUGCACUCGCAUGCGACGACGGCGUCCACAGCCUCCGCUGCCUCGAGCACAUCCCAUCGUGCGCUGGCGGGAGCCACGCCGUCACCAGGGCUGUCGCCACUCACACCCACGCUGCCGAGAACACCAAACCCAGCACCGCAAUCCAUGUCACGCGUCGCCCGCAACCCUCCGCCAGCAGCACCCCCCACGCCGACUGCCACUGGUGGUGGUGGCGGUGGCGGUGAUCGUGAUGUAGGGCGAGGUCGUAACAACACUGGUGGCCCCGCCAACACACAUGGCGAUGGCACCAUGCACGACAACAAUGACAACGCGGGCGCUGCCUCGGUGCGUGCGCGUCUCAACGCACUGCCUUCCGCGUUUGUGUUUGAUGGCCGUGAGGGCGAUGGUGGUGAUGAUCACGAGCGUGGCGGUACUGACGGCGGUGCUGUGCUGUCGCCGACGAGCAGCGGCGUGGCCGGGAGCGCACACGUCGUUGCGCACUCCACACCAACAGGGGCCAGCGAAGGCAGCAGCAGCACCACCACCAGAAGCGGAGCGAGAAGGACGAGGAGAAGGGAGAGGGGCAGGGAGCUGCGUGGUGGGCAUGGUCAUAGCACUGGCAUCCCUGUACCGGCAACAACGCCAGCGUCCACUGCAGCAAGCAGCCAUCGCCAUCAGCAUCGCCAUCAUCAUCGCCAUCAUCAUCGCAAGCACAACAGGCGCAAGCACAGUGGCGUUGCCAGUACGCAUGGACGAAAGGUGUCACUGGUGUCCGUGCCAGCCACGAUGUCGCCCUCACCAUCCAAAGCCCAUCGCCGGCUGUCGUCAUCAACAUCAUCAGUGUCAGCGCAAACGGCCGGGAGGAAGCGACACGGGCGCUCGAAGCACCAGCCGUUUUUCCUCGUGUGGGACACGCUGCAGGCGCCGCUGGGGCCAGAGGUGCUGCCACACAUGGAGGAGGGAACCCACGCCAACGCUGUCGACAGCCCACGCGGUUGUGGUGGUGGUGGUGGUGGUCAUGAUGGUCAUAGUGAUGGACGCGCUUUCCGUUUCAGCACUGGCAGCGCUGGCCAUCAUGAUACAGAUCGUGGUCGUGCUGCUGAUGGCGGGGUGUCGCCGUCCGCUGCAUCGUCCCUGCGCGACCAAUCACACACGCACGAGGUGUUUGCAACGACAGAGCAGACUGUGGCGUCACCACCAUUGUCUGCUGAUGAGUCGUUGGCCACAUCGACAGGAGCAUCAUCGUCCGUGUCAUCAUCAUCAUCAUCGUCAUCAUCGUCAUCGUCAUCGUCGUCGUAUUUUUCGACGUCGCCGUCAUCAUCGCCAUCCUCGUGUUCGUGGUCUGAAUCGCGCUCGUGCUCGCCAUCACACCAUCAUGACCACCACCGCUCUGAUGGCAGCGACCCCGCUGCUACUGCUGCUGCUGCUGGUGGUGGUGGUGGUGGUGGUGGUGGUGGUGGUGGUGGUGGUGGUCGCCGUGGCCUUCGUCACGACAGCCUCGACGACAAUGACGACAGGGAUGGCAUGAGUGUCGGUACUGGGCGUGGUUCCGGUGUGCACGAGUACUCGCGUGUUCUGGAUGAGCUGAUGUCGCCGCCACCGCGCAUGCAGCGCCGGCCACCAACGCACCACCGCCUCUCCCUCUCCAUGGACCCGUACGUGCGCACGACACACACAACAACAGCAACCGCAGCUACAGCAACAACAGGCGGUGCACGGAAUGCGUCGGGUGUGGUGGUCGUGGUGACGCCGUCGAUGGCAGGAACGCGGCAGGCCAGCCCGUCCGCGCACCACCUCCUCCAUCAUGGCCACCAGGGCCUGCAGCAGUACGAAACCGAUGCUUGCAGGCAACCAGGUGGGGCGAAGAGCGCGUCGUACGCGCCCUCGCGCGUUGGUUCUCUGUCGCCAUCGACAUCGGCAGCACUGCAGCACCGGCGGGCGGCGUCGCACGACGAGCAGCGAAGCGGCAAACAACGCACACACACGCACAGAGGUGAUGAGGACAACCGCGACAACGACAACAGCAGCGCGGUGGAGACGGGUGGUGGUGGCAGGGACGUUGGUAAAGCCACGGGUGGUGGGCGCGGUGUGCACGGGUACAGCUUGGAUGACAUGGGUCACGAGUACCAUUUGGGGCUGGAUCCAGCCGACACGCGCCUGCACUACAACCACAACCACCACGACGGCCAUCGUCACCACCAUCAUCACCACCAUCACCAUCACCACCACCGGCGUCGUCGUCGUCGUCGUCUGCGCAAACGCGUGCAAUCUGGCGGGGACGGUGGCAAGUAUCACCACGCGACUGCACCCGCCUCACGCGUGGGCGCCAUGAGCGAUGGUGGCUUUGGCGGUGGUAUUGGCGGUACCCACGGCGCAAUUAUUUUCACGCAUGGCGGUGAUGACGAUGGUGAUGGUGCCGGGGAGGAUGUCGGGCUGCUGCUGCUGGAUGGCAAGGAAGGUGAUGAAGGUGCCGGUAGAAGUGGCAUCAAGACCAAGGACGCCAGCGCACGCGUGAACAAGGGGCGCGCUGGUGAUGGUGCUGCUUCCACUGUUGAUGACGACGAUGAUGACAAUGACGAGGUGGAGGAAGACGAAGACGAAGACGGGUAUGUGAUUGUGAACACGAGACGAGCGUCACGGCGGCCGAGGCUGUCGACCCAAAUCCUCACGUCCCGCAGCCCGCUCAUCCAGAACCAGCACGAUGUCAGGCUGCCUUACUCCUCGUCCAAGGCGCCAGCAACCGGUGACGCUGGUGGUGGCAACAUGGGUGGCAGCCUGGGUGCUUCUCGUGUGGGUGGUGCUCGUGGUGGUGGCAGUGCGGCGACAACAGACACGGGUUAUGGCACGCAGAGCACAGGUGUUGGUCCCAUGUCACGGCAGACAUCUUACGCCACGCUGGCUGCAGACGCGCAAGAUCUUGGUCGGCUGGUGGAGAUGUCGGUGCCGGCGUCGCGUGCGGCCUCCCUCUCCCGCCGCGCAUCUCCAGACAGAUCAGCCAACAACACGCUGUCGUCGUCCCUCCAACACCACCACGACCACCGCCACCAUCGCCAUCAGCACUAUCACCACCAUUACAGCAACACCGCGUCAACCAGCCUCUCGUCGUCCCUGCACCACAACAACACGACGUUGUCGUCUUCCCUGCACAACUUCUCUGCAUCGUCGCUGCGGGCGCGCUCCAGCGUGCCGGCAGUGCCACCACCAUCACUGCAAGCAUCAACAUCGUCAUUGUCGGCGUCAGCAUCAGCAUCGGCAUCGAAGAGUACAGCAAAGACGAAGACGAAGACAAAGGCGACAGCACCUCGCCCCUCCCUGGUCAGCGCCGUCGCGCGCAAGCGCACCACGUUCAUUCUCCACGCGGGAUUUGCAUUCGACAUUACCAAGCACGACCCCGCUGCUACUGCUGCUGCUGCUGGUGGUGGUGGUGGUGGUGGUGGUGGUGGUGGUGGUGGUGGUGGUCGCCGUGGCCUUCGUCACGACAGCCUCGACGACAAUGACGACAGGGAUGGCAUGAGUGUCGGUACUGGGCGUGGUUCCGGUGUGCACGAGUACUCGCGUGUUCUGGAUGAGCUGAUGUCGCCGCCACCGCGCAUGCAGCGCCGGCCACCAACGCACCACCGCCUCUCCCUCUCCAUGGACCCGCGGUGCACGGAAUGCGUCGGGUGUGGUGGUCGUGGUGACGCCGUCGAUGGCAGGAACGCGGCAGGCCAGCCCGGCCUGCAGCAGUACGAAACCGAUGCUUGCAGGCAACCAGGUGGGGCGAAGAGCGCGUCGUACGCGCCCUCGCGCGUUGGUUCUCUGUCGCCAUCGACAUCGGCAGCACUGCAGCACCGGCGGGCGGCGUCGCACGACGAGCAGCGAAGCGGCAAACAACGCACACACACGCACAGAGGUGAUGAGGACGACCGCGACAACGACACAGCAGCGCGUGGAGACGGUGGUGGUGGCAGGGACGUUGGUAAAGCCACGGAUGGUGGGCGCGGCUAUCGCGUGUACAGCAGAGACGCGCGCCACCAGCUGAAGCUCGCCGAGGCGAAGAGUCGCCAUGAGAUUGAGACGGCGUUUCAUUACCAUCUUGGCAUCGCCCUCGCUCGUGUUUCGCAGUUUGUCGCACAGACGCUGAAGAUUGUUCAGAGCACUUCGCCCGUGCACAUUGAGCCCGUCACCAUAUAUCUACGGGAAAUUGUUCGCCAGACGAAGCAGCAUCUCACGCCCGCCGUCUUUGCAAUCUUCUACGAGCGGCUGUGGCGGCGUGUGUUUGACAUGGCCGUCAACUCGGUCGUCCGCUCCACAGAUGCGCUGUUCCGCUUAAAUCGUGAUGUCGCAAACCGCCUGUCCAGCGUCUUUGAUUCCCUCACAUCCUUCUUCCACGCGCGCGAGCCGGAACUCGCCCCAAGACACGUUCUGGACUAUGAGCACACUGGCGUGUCGCUGCUGUCGCACCUGUUGCACAUCGCCCUCAUUGACCGCCGCCUCGUCCGCGACAUCGGCAUCUUCUCCGUCGACGACGCCGUCGUGCCCGGCGCGGAUUUGAUCACGGCCAUCUCGGAUCAUGGCGACUUUGACACUCUCUCGCGUACGCCGACGACGGGUCCUGAGCACAUGCACACCUCCAUCGUCAUCCCCGCACGCGCAGUGCCACAGUCGCUGCCGUCGGUGUGCGAGCGGCUCGGGAUAGAGUUUGGGCGGGACCGGACCGGAUCGCCGGAAGUCGUCCAUCUGCGCCGCGCGUCGCCGGCACACGUGUCCGGAAUGCGCAAACACGACGUCGUCGUCGCCAUCAACGGCCGGGAUGUGGAGUCGUGUCGCCUGGAGGACGUGAAACAGCUGCUGCUGACGCCGCUCCCGCACACAGAGGCGCUCGCAACGUCUGCAGAAUUUGCACACAUCAGCCCGAGUGACAUUGUGCUGCGUGUCCGCCGCCAAAUCCGCCGUCGCGUUACCUUUCCGCCGUCCGUUACGCAGCGCCAGAACGCGCAGGCCGUGGCGUCGCAGCUGUUGAAUGCGGGAGUGCUGGUGCCUGCAGGCAAGGAUGCCACGUCUUUGAGCACAUCCACCCUGUCAUCACCCUCCUCCUCAUCUCUCUCCACCGCCACCAGCACCACGCCCGCGUUGCGUGUUGAGGAUCGCGCCAAGGCAUUUUACCGCUUCAGGACGGACGCCGUGCUGCUGGGCAAGGAGACCCUGACGCACACAGCCGUCUCGCCCAGCAACGCGACCGACGCCAACACAGCGACGACAACGAAGACGACGAUAGCCAAGUCGCCACUGCCUCGCGUCUCGUCGGGGCAGCAGGCGCGCAAGCUGCUGGUUGGCGGGCACCCGUCGCCGCACCACUGCCUGCAGAAGACCAUCAAGCAGGUGCUGAUGAUGCUGCUGACGGCGUCCCUGCCGGAGUACGCCAACGAGGAGAGCGUCAAGGCGCAGCUGCGGCACGUGCUCAUACGCAAGGACGGCGACCCGCUCGCACACAUGUUCGUGGACGGACUCGUUACUGACGAAGACGAGGACGUGUGA